AUGAUGCUGGACGAGUUGGGCCCAACAGCAGCCACAAACUGGACCACGACCUACACCGACUUGCCCAACUACUACAUCACGUUCUACGACGAGGCCAACAGCAAAUAUGUCAAUACUACAAGCAAUAUUACACAGGUGUACCAGUCGUUCAUCCUACCGUGGUGGCGUCAAGUGCUAUGGACGGUGCUUUUCGCGGGCAUGGUGGUGGUGGCCACCGUUGGCAACCUCGUCGUCAUAUGGAUAGUUCUCGCGAACAAGAGAAUGAGGAGCGUUACUAACUAUUUCUUGGUUAACCUGUCAGUGGCCGACGCUAUGGUUUCGACGUUGAAUGUGACCUUCAACUUCACCUACAUGCUGUACUCAGACUGGCCCUUUGGUCAUUUCUACUGCAAGUUUUGCCAAUUCAUCGCCGUACUCAGUAUAUCAGCAUCGGUUUUUACACUCAUGGCAAUCAGUAUAGACAGGUACGUCGCCAUUAUGAGCCCCCUUCAACCUCGGUUGGGUAAGAGGGCCACGCUCGGCAUCGCUGGCGCCAUAUGGGCUGGCAGCUGUAUCAUCAGCAGCCCCAACAUCAUCUACUUCACAACAGAAGUUGAUUUGCUACCUGACGGCACUACUAGGCGUGUAUGUUUUCCUGACUGGCCAGACGGCAUCACCACGGAGUCACAGCUGGAAUAUAUAUACAACGUAACGUUCAUGGUGCUGACUUACUUCCUACCGAUUAUAUCGAUGACAUAUACUUACGCUAAGGUUGGCGUAGAACUAUGGGGGUCGAAAUCUAUUGGAGAAUGCACGCAGCGGCAGUUGGACAAUGUGAAGAGUAAGCGGAGGGUUGUCAAAAUGAUGAUUGUUGUGGUGGUGAUAUUUGCGGUGUGCUGGCUGCCAUUUCAUGUCUACUUCGUGGUCACCUCUUACUAUCCAAGCGUUGUGAACUAUCCCUACAUACAGGAGAUAUACCUCGGCAUUUAUUGGCUCGCCAUGAGCAAUUCUAUGUAUAACCCCAUUAUUUACUGUUGGAUGAAUUCCAAAUUUAGGCGCGGGUUCAAGCAAUUCUUCUGGUGCUGCGGAGCUAUGGACGCUGGACUUAGACGACGUCGUGGUUUCACACCGGACCGACUGGAUCGUUCCAUGCGGUCACUUUCUCCAAGCAGAAAGAACGGAACUAGUACGAUACGCAUAUCGUUGCAGAGCACGUACAAUAAUCCAAUUGCGGGCAGCACCUGACAUAGGCGAGGGGCUUGCGGAGCCCACAACGAUCGCGGUGCA